AUGUCUCUGUUACGCGCCAGGCCAAAUUUGUCAUUCAAGAGAAAGACAUCCUCCCUUGAAAAGGCAGAAAAACACAUGAAAUUUACUGUAGCCUUUUUUGGAGAUUCUGGCGUCGGUAAAAGUUCGAUCAUUCGAAAUCUUGUAGGUGAAGGUUACAUUCAAGAGCAUAUACCAACUGUGGAGGAAUUUUAUGCAACGCAAAUGAUCUACAGGAACAAGACCUAUGAAUUUGACAUCAUUGAUUCAUCUGGAUCGUACGAGUUUCCUGCUAUGAGAAGAAUAGCGAUUCAAAAAGCCGAUGCAGUGGUUCUGGUGUAUUCCGUAGACAGACCUAAAUCGUUUACAAAGCUCGAAAUAUACUUGGAUGAGAUCCAAAAAUGCUGUGCUGACAGUAAUCGUAGGAUUCCCGUUAUCAUAGUCUCUAACAAAGCCGACCUCCCAAAUUUGUCCGAACCAACGUUUGCUGAUGCGCGCGGUAUUGAAAUCAGCGCCUGUGAUUACCUAGAGUCACUCUGGGAGUGUCAGUGGCUUUCUACUUCGGCGAGAUUUAACCUGAACAUAGCUGCCAUAUUUUACAAACUUCUAGAAAAGCUGUGCCCUGAGAAAAAGAUACGUCACAGAAGUACUAUUUUAAAGAACAAAUUUCGCUGA